AUGGCUGGCAGAUACUUUGAUACAGGAAUGGUAUGGAAAACAACUAGUCAUGGUAAAAAUCACAAAGAUGCUGCCUCAGUCAGGGCUACGCACCCUAUACCUGCAGCCUGUGGCAUUUAUUACUUUGAAGUGAAGAUCGUCAGUAAAGGUAGAGAUGGGUACAUGGGAAUAGGACUUUCUGCUCAAGGGGUCAACAUGAACAGACUUCCUGGAUGGGAUAAACAUUCUUAUGGGUACCACGGCGACGAUGGGCACUCCUUCUGCUCUUCGGGGACAGGACAGCCCUACGGCCCUACGUUCACCACUGGAGACGUGAUCGGCUGCUGCGUUAACCUUAUCAACAAUACCUGCUUUUACACAAAAAACGGCCACAGUUUAGGUAUAGCCUUUACAGACCUCCCUUCAAAUCUCUACCCUACAGUGGGUCUCCAGACUCCAGGAGAGAUAGUCGAUGCCAACUUUGGGCAACAGCCGUUUGUGUUCGACAUUGAGGACUACAUGAGGGAGUGGCGAGCGAAGAUUCAGAGCACCAUUAAGCGGUUUCCCAUAGGAGACAGACUAGGCGAGUGGCAAGCCAUGCUGCAGAAUAUGGUUUCGUCCUAUUUGGUUCAUCAUGGGUACUGUUCAACAGCAACUGCCUUUGCCAGAGUCACGGACACCACAAUCCAGGAAGAACAGACCUCAAUAAAGAACAGACAAAGAAUACAGAAGCUAGUAUUAGCAGGCAGAGUGGGAGAGGCUAUAGAAGCCACCCAGCAGCUCUAUCCUGGCCUCCUAGAACAUAACCCCAACCUGCUCUUCAUGUUAAAGUGUCGGCAGUUUGUGGAGAUGGUGAACGGGACAGACAGUGAAGUCCGUUGUUUCAGUGCCCGCAGCCCCAGAUCCCAGGAUAGUUACCCCGGAUCCCCCAGCUUAAGUCCUAGACACGGAUCAAGCAACUCACACGUUCAUAGUACCGGAGCAGAUAGUCCAACCUGUAGCAAUGGAGUCAUGUCCACAAAAAGCAAACAGAGUCACAGUAAAUACCCAACACUGAGUUCAUCAUCUUCAUCUUCCUCCUCCUCCUCCCCCUCAUCUGUGAACUACUCGGAGUCCAAUUCUACAGAUUCUACCAAAUCUCAGCAGCACAGUAGUACGAGUAACCAAGAAACCAGUGACAGCGAGAUGGAAAUGGAGGCCGAGCAUUACCCCAAUGGAGUCCUGGAGAGUUCAUCCACCAGGAUAAUGAAUGGCACCUACAAACAUGAAGAGAUCCUGCAGACGGAUGAAUCCAGCAUGGAAGACAGCUGCCCCCAGAGGCAGCUCUGUGGAGGGAACCAUGCUGCCACGGAGCGAAUGAUCCAGUUUGGACGGGAGCUGCAGAUGCUGAGCGAACAGCUUUGCAGAGAAUAUGGGAAGAACACAAUGCACAAAAAGAUGCUUCAGGACGCGUUUAGCUUGUUAGCUUACUCAGACCCUUGGAACUGCCCCGUCGGUCAACAGCUGGACCCGAUCCAGAGGGAACCUGUGUGUGCUGCUCUUAAUAGUGCUAUAUUGGAAUCUCAGAACCUGCCAAAGCAGCCCCCGCUGAUGCUUGCCCUGGGCCAGGCCUCGGAGUGUUUGCGGCUCAUGGCUCGCGUGGGCUUGGGCUCCUGCUCCUUUGCCAGAGUAGACGACUAUUUGCACUAGCCACCAGAGCAAGACGGAGUUGACAUCGUUGAGUGCUGCCCUUCACCCUCCGUUGCUGCCACUACACCACCACCUCGUUCGAUAGCCUGACCUCCCUGCUGCCACCACCACCCCCUCUAGCGCACGCACACACACUGCCCAUGAAAGGAUUGAGUGAGUCCCUCACUGUGUGGCUAUUCCUGACCCCAGGAACGACUGGCAGAUCUUACCCGUCUCCCUGCCAUUGCUGCGGCUCCAGCGGCACUCAGUAUUUCGCUGGUUAUUCUAAUGUAGCGCCUUCCAAUGUAGGGAUUUCUCUUUGUUUUGAUUUGAGUUGUUUCUCAUGGAUCCACCAGUAUUUUAUCUGGAGAGUUUUGCUGAGCUGGUUUCUGCUGAGUUACUGAGGAAGCUCAUCAAGUUGGUGACAGCUUGUUCUUUUCUUCCCUUUUCCCUCCAUCGUGCACAUACAGCAGCAUCUUUGCUAGUUGCCUGAACUCUUCUCGCAGUGGCAGUUCAGAGGGAUUUUUUUUUAAUUUUAUUUGAAUCCUGUUUAUUAAAAAGGUCUCUUCCACCUCCA